AUGUGCACCCCUGAUGCCACCUGUUCUGAGGAUUGGCUCAAAUGGAGAAAUCUUGUUUCUGGAAAAUCAGUGGUGAAAAAUGCAUACUGCCUGUUGUUGAAUUCGAAGUAUGAUAGGGACAAAAUUUGGGCUGCAGUUUGGCAGUGGAAGGGACCUUUUAGGAUGGCUGUUUUUCUCUGGUUAGCCUGCCUUAACAAGUUGCCUGUGAGGAGCAUCACUUCUCUUUGGAGUGCAGGGGAGAUUCUUUGUCCAACUUGUGCUGCUGGGCAUGAAUCAUUGAUGCAUUUGCUAAGAGACUGUACUGCUGCUAGAAGAAUUUGGGAGAUAUGGUUUGAUGUCUAUAAAAUUCUUUGCUACUUGAAGGAGAUGAGGAGGAGAAGAAAUGGUGAAGCAAAUGCUGUUGACGAUAACCAGUAUUUAAUCCUUAAGGGUACUGGUCAGGAGGACUCUAGCUGUAAGGUGAGGAUCUAUGUUGAUGGUGCAGUCAGCCUAGCUAGUAAAAAGGGAGCAUGUGGAGAUUUUGCUUGCUCAGUUAAUGGUGAAUGGCUAAGUGGAUUUUCCUAUUCGAUAGGUGUUAAGAACUUUGAGCUAGCUGCAAGAUUAAAUUUAUCCAAGGUUUUGAUGGGAAGUGACCGUGAGGAAGCAAUUUCGUGCUUAGAGGACGAGUCUGAAAUUUACAGCUUUUCCUCUUUGAUUGCUGAUAUAAGGAAAGCUGCCAAUUCAUUUGAGCUUGUUCAGGUGGAAUACAUACCUAGAGAACGUAUUGCUCUUGCAGAUCUGUUAGCUAAGACAGGUUUAUAUUUUAAGGGGGGUGAGUGCUGCGACAUAUCCAGGACGGCCCCUGCAAGCCAAACCAUUAUAGAGCAGACAAAAUGGAGCAUAGAUAAAGUUUAA